AUGGUUCAUCGACAGGAGGUGGAGAAGAGAUGGGAAACUUUCGCGAUCCACAUCGGUAGCCGCGAUUGAUUCAUCAUGACAUCAACAGCAACACUAGUGUGGGUACCUGCAUGCGAUGAUGGCAUAUGGUCUAUGCUACCACCAGCUACAAAACGACCUCUCAGCACAUACCCCGCCUGAAGUUCUACCUACACACCUUUCAGCUGAAAUACUUCACAGUUUACACACUUUGUAACUCAAAAACUUCGGACCUCUUGCUACUUUCCAAACCAAUCCACACAGACUACAUAUCAAGAUGCCUCGCAUGGUCGCACCCCCGCCGCCUGGAGAGUUCCAGAUCGUUCUUAGCAAGCCUUUCAAUGGCGCACCAACACACAUGAUCGAGGUUAUCGGCGAGCCCAACCGCCCAGCUAGCAUUCGCAUGUCCAACUACAACGGUAACUCCAAGUCAUCAGAAAAGAAGGGCGAUGUACCACAAGACGAUGUUAAGGAGCUCAUGUCUCUCAUCUCCACACUACGCGGCUUCCCUUCGCACCCAAGCAAGGACGUCUACGGCCUAGACACCAAGGUUGACUUCAACACAAUGGAGAUCCAAUGGGGCAACCAGGACGACGAUGCUGCCAUGGAUGGUGGUGACCUUGCCGGAGAGCAGAAGGAUGAAUUCAAGAGGAUCGCGGACAGCAUUGAGGCGUUGGCGAGGCAAUUCGCUAAGCAGGACUCUCCUGUAUAGAAUGGACAGGGAGUGUUGAGUGAUACCUUUAUAAAGAGAUGAUGUCAUGACCAACAAAUGAAUGAAAACAAAUCUACUUCCAUUGC